GACGCGGCCGGCAACCUGCUGGGCGGCGCCGAGGACCCCGCCGCCGCCGCGGCCGUCGCCGAGCACGUGUCCUCCUUCCUGCACCACCACCCGGGGCUCGCCGACGGCUCGCACCACCGCAGAUACUACCACCAGCAGAUGCACUCGCCCUACACCGCCUCCCACGCAGCUGCGGCGCGCAUGGGGACGUCGCAGGUGUGCCGGCCGCACUUCCACACGCCGCUGCACCCUUGGCUGUCGGACACGAGUAAGCCGGCCUGGUGCAGCCCGUUCGCAGCGCCUGCGGGGGCCGGCGUCGGCGUCGACGAGAAGCCUCUGUCCCCCGCGCCGGUGGUGGGUGGAGGCGCGGGGGCGGCGGCUGGAGGUGGCGGGGGCGUGGCGGGAGCGGGGGCCGGUGCUGCGGCGGCGGCCGCUGCGGCGGCGGCGCACGCGCCGCACCACCUGUUCAGCUUCCCGCCGACGCCACCCAAGGACGCCACCCCCGACUCGGUGACGGCCGCGUCGUCGACGGCCGCAUCCGCCGUCUCGGAGUACCAGCACGCAGCCGCCGCCGUGGCGCACGCCGCCGCCAUGGGCGUCGCCUUCAUGCAGCAGCAGCAGCACCAGCAGCAACAACAGCAGCAACAGCAGCAGCAACAACAGCAGCAGCAGCAAGAAGACGGCAGCGUGGUCGGCUACGGCGGCGCGGGGUCCGGCGCGCUCGACGUCAAACCGGGCCUCAACAUGCUCAACUCGCUCGGGGCCGGCGGGGGCGGAGGCGGUGGCGGCGCCGGCGGCGCCAACUGCGCGGGCGGCAACGGCGCGGCGGCCGCGGCGGCGGCGGCAGCGGCGGCGGCGGUCAAGCAGCGGGAAGGUAUGGCGGCCGUCGCGACGUCGUCCUCCUCCUCGUACUCGACGUCCCCAGGGCCCGGCAGCGCCGGCAUGCCGACCGCCAACCACGUGUCCACUGUCGGCGAGUACCCCUACCCGCACCCCCACCACGACAUGGGGUACGCGGCGCACCACCACCACCACCACCACCCCCUGAACCACCACCACCACCAUCACCACCACGCGAGUACGGCGGCGGCGGCGGCCAUGUUCAGCGCCAAGGCCCUGGCGUCGACGGGCCACGCGCACGCCCACGGCCACGGGCACGGCCACGGCCACGGGCACCCGGGCGCCACGCACGCGCACGCGGCGCAGAACGCCGCCUCGGCCAAUGCCAAAGCGUCGCGGACGAAAUCGCGGUCCAGCGCCGAGGGCCGCGAGUGCGUCAACUGCGGAGCGACGUCGACCCCGCUGUGGCGGCGCGACGGCACGGGCCACUACCUGUGCAACGCCUGCGGCCUCUACUACAAGAUGAACGGCCAGAACCGACCGCUCAUAAAGCCCAAGAGGAGACUGUCGGCGGCGAGGCGGGCGGGCACGAGCUGCGCCAACUGCAAGACGACCACGACGACGCUGUGGCGCCGCAACCAGAACGGCGAGCCCGUCUGCAACGCCUGCGGCCUCUACUACAAGCUGCACAACGUGAACCGGCCGCUGACGAUGAAGAAGGAGGGCAUCCAGACGCGCAACCGGAAGCUGUCGUCCAAGUCUAAGAAGAAGAAGGGUGGCGGCGGCGGGUGCCUGUCGCUGGGCGGCGUCAUGUCGGAUAUGAUGAAGCCGCUGGACGCGGCCAAGGGCGGCGCGGCCGGCUUCGGGGCGGCGGCGGCGGCUGCGGCGGCGGGCGGCGGCUUCGGCGGCGGGCACCUGCACGCG